GUUGAUGAAGUUGGUGUUGGUGUUGGUGUGAAGUCUAAGUUCAAUAAAAUGACGCAGAUGUCGGACGAGCAGUUUCAAAUACUCAUCGAAACAAUCAAAUCAUUGGCACCUCAAAAGACUGAGCAGGAGGAACCUCAAUCCAAGGGAAGCUUCAGCAAUUGCCCAGUUCGAUUCAGUGGACAACGAGAUCACGACGCUGUCGAUGAAUUUAUAACAGCGGUUGAGACAUACAAGGAGGUUGAGGGAAUCAGCGAUAAAGAUGCCUUGAAGGGCAUCUCACUACUUUUCAGCAACAUUGCAAUCACCUGGUGGAAGGGCGUGCGUCGUGAAGCAACGACGUGGGAUGAUGCACUGCAGCUCCUGCGUGAUCACUUUUCGCCCACAAAGCCAUCUUAUCAAAUCUAUAUGGAGAUCUUCGAGACAAAACAAGGAUCCACCGAGGCGAUCGAUACGUUUAUCUGCAAGCAACGCGCUCUGUUAGCCAAAUUACCAGAGGGACGACACAACGAAGAGACGGAACUUGACUUCAUUUAUGGACUUAUGCUGCAGAAGUACAGAGAGCGUAUUCCUCGCCAUGAAGUUAAAUCGUUUCGCGAACUCCUCGAGCGUGGUCGCAACGUAGAGCGUACAAGACAAUAAACUUUAGAUUCUUUCUGAACCUAACAAACAAUGGCUAUGAUUUUGUUAAGUUGUAUUACAUGUAGUUAGUCUUUUUUGUUAUUUAAAUAAACU